CCUCUCAAAGUGAGUUGUUGAGUAAAAAGCAUGUGCGAACACUGUUCGGCGCUCGCGUGCCGUGUCACUGCUGUUCAUACCGCCACCGCGCUCAGAUCCACUCGAGCUCUCUCAUCGCAAAAGCUUCCCCUCUUUACCAAAGCGCGUUGACACCAACGAUGUUCAAGUAGGCUGCCCUCAAAAGCGCAGCCUCUCUACUGUAUUCCCCGGAAGAAAGGAUGCGGUAAGGGUGGAACAAGACGGAGCAGCUCUGUAGUAAGGCAUCUGCACAACAAUUUCAAUCCGGAUUUAGUGAAAUUCUCAACCAAUUAGCAGUCUUUACCAGAGCUCUGUUUGUAAUCUGCUUCUCAACACACCCCGUCGUUCCAAUCAGGUUUCACAGGUUUAUUAUUCACCCUGCAGCGAGGACAGACACUCUGGACAGGACAGAGCUGAGCAGAGGCUGAGGAGUUUGGAGCUGCCCUAAGCUGAUACAAAAUACAUAUUUCAGCCUUGCUCUAAAGUGUUUUGUUCCUCUACGGUUGAAUUUGAAAGGACAUUCUUAGUUUUAUCUUCUACCUUCUACACAGCAGGAAAUGGUGCAUAUGACAACUGUAUGUAUACAGUAACCUAAUAAUAGUUUGGGGAUAUCACUUUUCGAAUGCCAGCUCCGCCAUGAACAAAAAUGCAGGGCCGUACCAGCACAGCGGAGGCAGCCCGAGCAGCAACAGCGGGCGCGGUGCCGCGACCAUCCACUGUCUCCGCUGCCGGGAGGUCUGCAAGGGAGAGGUGGUGCGUGUGCAGAAUUUCCACUUCCACGUCAAGUGCUUCACCUGCCAAGUGUGUGGCUGUGACCUGGCACGUUCAGGCUUCUUCCAGAAGGGAGGAGAGUACAUCUGUACAGAGGACUACCAGCGCCUCUACGGCACCAAGUGUGACAGCUGUGGAGACUUCAUCACAGGGGAGGUGGUCUCGGCGCUGGGGCGUACCUACCAUCCCAAGUGUUUUGUCUGCAGCAUGUGCAGAAAGCCUUUCCCUAUCGGAGAUAGGGUGACCUUCUGUGGGAAGAAGUGUGUCUGUCAGCAGUGCUCUCAUUCACUGGUCAGCAGCGAGCCGGUCAAGAUCCACGGACCCAGCCACUGUGCGGGUUGUAAGGAGGAGAUCAAACAUGGCCAGUCCCUCCUGGCCUUGGAGAAGCAGUGGCAUGUCAGCUGCUUCAAGUGUCAGACCUGUGGCACUGUGCUGACCGGGGAGUACAUCAGCAAGGAUGGUAUUCCGUACUGUGAGACUGACUACCACGCUCAGUUUGGCAUCCAGUGUGCAACGUGUAUCAGAUACAUCAGUGGCAGAGUGCUUGAGGCAGGAGGAAAGCACUACCACCCCACCUGUGCCCGUUGUGCCCGCUGUCAGAUGAUGUUUACAGAAGGAGAGGAGAUGUACCUUACAGGUUCCGAGGUGUGGCAUCCCAUGUGUAAACAAGCAGCGCGGCUGGAGAAGAAACUCAGGUUAAGACGUACCUCUGAGGCCUCCAUUUCCCCCCCUGGCUCCAGCAUCGGUUCCCCGAGCCGCGUCAUCUGUGCCAAAGUGGAAAACGAGGUCCUAAAUUACAAAGAUCUGGCCGCUCUGCCUAAGAUUAAAGCUAUUUAUGAUGUGCAGCGGCCCGAUCUCAUUCCCUAUGAGUCUUAUCACAGAUACUCCUCUGAUGACAGGCUAGAACGCUACAGCUAUGGGGAGUCUCUGGGAACUCUCUCUCCAUACUCUCAGGACAUCUAUGACAGCAUGGAGCUGAGACAGAGGCGCUUGUCCAGCCCAGGCUUCAUAGACUCUCCCACCUACAGUCACCAUGGCAUGUCCCCCACCAUGUCCACCUCCCGCUCCCCACAGCACUGCUACCGCCCCGGCACUGAGAGUGGCAGGAGCUCUCCCUAUUACAGUCAGCUUGAUGCCAGACCCACCACGCACACCGCCUACCAAGCCCCCAAGCAUUUCCAUGUGCCAGCCACAGGCGAGCCCAACAUCUACAGGAAACCUCCCAUCUAUAAGAGACAUGAUGAUUCUGACUACUCAGCCACGAAGAGUAAAACCAGCGAGGACAUCCUCCAGACCUCCCAGUUUCCCGACUCGUAUUCUCCUGACCACUACCACCAGCAGUCUAACUACUACCCCUACACUCCCUCUCCCAAAGCUACUCGUGCUCGGAGGUUUUCCUCAGGUGGAGAGGAGGAUGGAUGGAAUCAAAGUCUUAACAGGCUCCAAAGUGGUAUAGGCCGUAUGAUACUGAAGGAGGAGAUGAAAGCUAGGUCGGGUUCCUAUGACAAUGACCCAUGGGGCAGCGCCCGAAACUCCCGUAGCAACUCCCGCAGUGGCAGCAAAGAGGCCCUGCACAACGUGGGCUACAACAACACUGUCAACGGAUCUCCCACCAGAUCCCACUACAAUGCAGGCAGUGACUCCUUCAUCGCCAAGUCAUCCUCGUUGCCUGGGUACGGCAGGAACGGACUGCACAGGCCCCAGAGUGCGGAUUAUUUCCAGUACGACAGCAGCAAUGUAGUGAACUGGGGGAUCAGAGAAUACAAGAUCUACCCAUAUGACGUGUUGGUAGUCACCGUAAGGGGGCGCAACCAGCCCCCCAAUGACGUGGACAGAGCCAGACUAGAGCGCCACCUGUCUCCUGAGGAGUUCUACCGGGUGUUUAGGAUGACUAUGGCUGACUUUGACCGGCUGGCACUGUGGAAGAGAAACGAGCUGAAGAAACAAGUCAGGUUGUUCUGAAAGGACUGGCGUGUAGAAGCUCAGUGUAGCAGCCUGCUGGGCUUAACGUUAGAGACGCCUAAGUCCUCACUGAGAGCCAUAAUAACUAGUCUGGAUAGUCCGCCACACUGGCCAGAGACACAGCAGAACCAGAACUAGAACCAGCACGGUUCUAGCCAUAGACAUAUAAUGCAUUUUAAUUCUCUGGUUCUAUGGUUCCAUCACAUGCUCUGGGUCAGAGAAAACCAUCCAGUCUGAGUCUAUACAUCAAUAAUAUCUCUCUGGCGAAAGAGGACUAACCUACUACUACUCCUCCCAAGCUAUGUCUGUCCGUGGAAACCUAAAUCUGCAGAGAGGCCUAGACCAUGCUAGUUCUGCCUAUGCUUUCAGUAUUAUGUGUUUGUUUUAUUAUUAGGAGUUUAACUAUAGUUUAUGGCUGUCAUGUCAUGAGGUUAUAGCAUCUUUGAAGCCUCUUCUAGGCUGCAGGUUUGGAGAGCUCUGAGACAUUGCCUUAUGGUCAAGCAGGAAAGAGAACACCAACAAACUGUCCAAACAGAACGUGCUGCCAGAUUAACCUUGUCUUUGCUUCCUUUACUCUAAACAUAUUGUUUCAUUCACCGCCUUUUUUUUAACAGAACGUGCUACCAGAUUAACCUUGUCUUUGCUUCCUUUACUCUAAACAUAUUGUUUCAUUCACCGCCUUUUUUUUAACAGAACGUGCUGCCAGAUUAACCUUGUCUUUGCUUCCUUUACUCUAAACAUAUUGUUUCAUUCACCGCCUUUUUUUUAACACUGAGACUAAAACGUUAUUUCUUUAUAGAGCGAGGGUUCACCUCGGAGCGAAAGGCUAGACUGAGAUAUUGCGGUAGCCUACAGUUGAAUUAAAUGAGUGGAUUAUAUUGUAUGUUUACUGAAAAGCCAAAGUAAUAUUAUUAUGUUAAGAAAUUAUGAUUUGUAUUCUUUUUGUAAAAUGCAUAAACAGACUGAAUGCAUGUUUCCAGAAAUGGUUCCCGUGUGAGUAUGAGACCAGGCUCUUGCCUACGUACUGAAAGUUCAUUGAUUUACUAUACUAAAUUGAUUAAAAAGAUCUGAACAAUGUAA